AUGACUGAAGAAAAUUUACUCUAUGCUGCAGAUUACUUUGCUUUUUUGGGUAAGAAAAUAUCCGAUCAUGAAAUUUAAUCGAUGCUACCUUUUUUUGAUUGUGAAGAACCUGGUCAUCAGGGAAAUGCUUUGGAUUAGGUUUGUUUAGAUUCCGAGUGCAAGUACAAGGGACUUUGUUGUGUGAGAUGUCAGUAUCAGAAGCAUAGGUUUCACCCCAAUUCCGUUUAUCCUUUACAUACCUUUGUCUCAUAAUUGAUCAAUCAACUUUCAAGUAGGAAGAUAAUUUUGGAAGAGCAGAAAAAAAAAUGUAACCUAUAUCGGGAUGUGGUUAUUUCAAUAUUGAGAGAUUACUUAAACAAUAUCAUUGAGCAUAUGUCUAUAAUAGUUGCUUCAUUGCAUAAAUAUUUUACAAGUUUCGAAAAUGCCUUUGAAACUACAAUAAUAAAAAGUCACAUAAUAGCACAUUCCUUAAUUUAUAAGAAACACAUACCCAAAGAUAAAUUUGAAAAAUUUGUAAGAGAAGGAAUAAAAGGAGUCUCUUUUUAAAACCAAGAACCCAAGAAAACAGUUUCAAAUGAUUAUUAUAUAUUAAAUCAAAGUAAACCCACUAGAUUAGAAGAAAAGCUGAAAUAAGAGUACGGGAACAUUAUAAUCAACGAAUAGGAAAAAGCCUUUGAGAUGACUUCAGAUUACAUUGAUAUCAUGUAAAAUGUUGCUUAAAAGUUAUAAACAAUAUUAAAGAAGUCUUAAGAUUAUUUGGCAGUAGAAGUUGAUUUGAAUAAAUUGUCUCCACGAAUACCCAAAUUUGAGUUGGCAUAACUCUAGGAAUUUGAUUAAAGAUUUAAAAAGCAAUUCCAAGUAGAUGGAGCAUUCAGUAUUUUCAAAGGAAUACCUCCUCCAGCUCCUUAAAAAAAGGAACAAGAACAAAUUGUGAAAAUGAACACAUCGGCCAUUCCUACAUUAAAUGAUUAUCUACAUAAGGAGACUCAAAAUACCAUAAUAGAUCCUUCUCGACAAAAAUGUAUUUUGGGGAUGUUGUUUGAGACUUUGAGCAAUUGUUCUAUAUUGAAAUUAGGGAGUGUAAAAUCCUAGUAAUCAGAAGUGAGUUGUUUUGUUCCAUUGAAUUCCGAGCUAAUAGCGAUAGCAGCUCGAUUUAAUCCGUAUAUCGAGGUUUAUCGGAUAUAAGAUAAGAAGAUAAUCUAAAAGAUUGACACUAAAAGCCAAUAAGGAGUGAAGUGUUUAUUGGCAAUGAGUAAGCCAUUGUUAUACACGAAUACAACUGCUGAAAGCGAGAUAACUUUGGUAGUUGGUUAAUAUUAUGACUCUGGAUAGCUAUUGUCUUAUUAGUUGCAAAUCUUCAGAAAUGAAGGUCGAUACACAAUUAAUUCUUAGCCAGCAGGGUAAUUUCAUAAACCUGAUCAAUAAUCUGCAGCAACUUGUUUUGCGGAAUUAUAUUCAGGUGAGUUUUUCGUAGCAGGAUACUCUACUGGUAGUGUUUCAAUAUAUCAUAUAUAGAAUCCAUAGGCUUUGCAUGUUCUGAAUUUUCUAUAUGAGAGGCCAGUGCAAGGAAUAAGUAUUGUGGAACCUGGGAAACUGUUCAUGACAUUUUCAUAAGAUAAAAGCAGAAUGCAUAUGAUUAAUAGUAUAAAUUCAGAAAGAGUUGUGCAUAAUGUGUCACAAGUAAAGAUGUUGGCUAACAACACAUUUUAAAUCAUAAGUACAGAUGCAUUAAAUGAUGAUAAGAGUACAUUAAAGUUAAUUCAUUUUGUUUGUGGGGAAUAGUAUUAAAUUGAAUUAUAUUAAGAAAAGAAUAUCAUGGAGGCGAUUAGAAAGAGCAAGGAUUGA